ACCCUUGCUAUCUUAGUCUUUAAUCUCUUUAUGGCUUUCACAAACCAACAUUUCCAACUCCUCUUAUGUUUUUCCUUAGUCCUAGUGUUAGGGCUUUGGGCGACCCAACCCUUGGCACAUCCUCUCGACGAUCACAAGGCCAGCUUGUCACUAAAAGAGAGGCACGAGCGUUGGAUGACUCAAUAUGGACGUGUCUACAAGGAUGAGAUCGAAAAGGAGAAGCGUUUCAACAUAUUCAAAACUAAUGUUGAAUACAUAGAUAAUUUCAAUGCUAAUGCAUCAAAUAAAUUGUACACAUUAGGUACAAACGCCUUCACGGAUCUAACUACAGAGGAGCUAAUAGCUACUCACACCGGGAUUAAAAAACAAUUUAUUUCGGAAUCAAUGUCCACAAGGACAACCCAGUUUAGGCAUGAAAAUCUUACGGAUGAUGAUAUCCUACCUUCAAUAGAUUGGAGAGAACACGGAGCUGUCAUGGGGGUUAAGGACCAAGGGUUAUGCGGAAGCUGUUGGGCAUUCUCAGCAGUCGCGGCAGUAGAAGGUUUAAACAAAAUAAAAACAGGACAACUAAUCUCACUAUCAGAGCAAGAACUUCUCGAUUGUGUUAAAGAUUACGGAUGUGGUGGCGGAGAGAUGACAAAAUCAUUCACAUUUAUCCAACAAAACAAAGGAAUAUCAACAGAAGCCGAGUACCCAUAUCAGGACACUCAGUCGCAGUGUCAGGCUCGUACUCUUGGAAGCAAUGCAGUGACAAUAGACGGGUUUCAAAGAGUUCCUAACGAUGAGUCCGCCCUGAUGAAAGCAGUUUCACAACAGCCUGUCGCGGUUUGUAUUGAUAUUCAUGGGAUUGACUUCAGACACUACAGCAAUAGUAUCUAUAAUGGGGAUUGUGGCCGCGAUAACAUUAAUCAUGCUGUUACUGUGGUCGGGUACGGGACUGAUACAAAUGGGACUGAUUAUUGGGUGUUGAAGAAUUCGUGGGGUGAAAGUUGGGGUGAAAAUGGUUAUAUGAGGAUUAUUCGAGGUCAGAACAAAUGUGGUAUCACUUCUUAUGCUUCUUAUCCUAUAUAAUUUACGAAAAUUUGUACAAAAAUUAAGCGGCGAACUAGCUAGCUAAGCUACAAUGUACGUACUCAGAUCAUAUCUUGUUUUUUUUGGUGUUUAAAUAGCCACAAGGGCGGGUGUUGAGAAUCGAUCCCAGAAUCAUUUGGAACCGAGAGGGGAGCUCUAACCACUUAAGCUAUCCUUCACUCACUCUGAUCAUUUCUUGUUGUAUGUGAGUUUUGGUCACUUUGCCAAUGUUCUAAGGCCAUUUUUUCUGUGGGUGUGUUUAUCAGGUUGUUAUGUUUUUGUUUGUGUGAAUGGAUUUUUUGUUUCAUGGGAUGUCGUGAUAGCUUUAUACAAAUAGUGCUCGUUUUCUAAGAAAUAUCUUAAUUAGUGAAACUUAAUUUUAUGAACCUUUGCAUUUUACGUUGUUGAAGUUAAAAUUACUUCAUCGGGUCUAUAAUAUGGAGAAUCAAGUUCUAACAAGCCUAUAUAUAGGUCUCAAACAAGAGAUCAUUUUUUUUUCUUCUAAAGAACAACCAAACACAAGAUAUGAAGAAUCCAGUACAGUUCUAACUUGGA